AUGAGUCGGUCCUAUUGGCUUCCGCUCCGGGAAAAUGCACUGACUAAAGGAUUUUCUGCCAGCAAAAUUGUGUUCGCAUCUCUUUCUAUUUAUCUGCCCCGAGCUGCGACACGAGGUGCGCAGCUCACCGUCACGACGUCUUCUCCAAAGCGCCGCAAAGUUUCCCCAGAGCCUCGCACCAGUCCAGGCCCCCGGGCUCGACGUCACGGCCGCUCCGAACCUCCAUCCCGCUCUCGCCACCCUGCAUCUUCAAGCCGGAGUAGCUCGUCGCUUUCUCCGCCCAGAUACGUGCCCGCUCAUCUGCAGUUUCAGUCCGAAACUGUGCCUGGUGGCCGUUCGCCGACUCCCGCGACCGCGACCGCCGGACUCACCCUCUCAAGCGAGCAUUCCGACAUGCCCUCCGACACUCGAGAGGGAACCCCUCUGAACAUUGAUGGCCGCUCUCCUUCUCCCGGCGAAAAGCGCCCGGCAUCGGAAAUCACUGACUCCGACCCGGAAGGAGGCGUGAGCACGAAUCUUAGCAGCAAUGCGCGCGCCUCUGGGGACAAGGCUGGAGCAAGCGAUAACUCUGCGGCUGCCACCGCUUCGCAUGCGGAUACCGAUGCGUCAUCUGCGGCUCAGCAGUCCGGAUCGGAAUCAUUGGAAUCAGACAAGCCUACGAUCGACGAGCAGGUGGCGGAAGUGAAUGUGUUGAGAAACCAGCCGCUGAAGAAUGGUCAGCAGGGUUAUGUGGUUUCCAUGGCAUGGUUGAAGAAGGUGCUGGCCAGAACUACUGCCUUCGCAGGUCAGGUGGAUAAGGAAUCCCAGGAUGCUGAGCUUGGUCCUAUCGACAACGUGGAUAUUGUGCUUGACACGGACCCCGCCACUCCCAGCUUCAAGGAUGAGUCGGACGAGACAUUUGUGCCGAUGCGCCCUGGCUUGCAAGCCGACCAGGAUUUUGUGGUGGUUCCUCAGCAGGCUUGGGACCUGAUGCGUGGAUGGUAUGGCGUUGCCGACCAGUCGCCUAUCAUUGUUCGAUACGCCCACAACACGAACUCGCCCGGCGAGGACGAGACGAUUGAGUACGAGAUCAACCCUCCAAUCUUCACAAUCUUUAAAUUGUCCAACCCUUCUGCGGGAACUACUCCAACAACUCUGAAGGAAAAAGAUCUUCCGUCCGUCAAGAUCUUGGCUAGUCGCCAGUUGAAUUAUCGGAAAUGGCUAAUGGACGCAAAAGAGCAAGCUGGAAUCGAAUUGUCCACCAAGGUCCGAGUUUGGAAGAUCCUUCGUCUUCCUCAGAGCACAAAUGGUUCAACCGCUACGACCCCUGCUGUUUCCCGCAGUACUUCACCCGCUCCGGCCUUUGCAUUGGUCCCCAGCAAGUCCGACAAGCUUCUCAUGGAUUUGAAUGUUUUCCUUGGCCUCUCAGAGGGCAGCCAACGAGAAUUGCUUGAACAGGCGAAAGACCAGACCAACAACCCAAACUACAAUGGCCGCAUGAAUCUGGUUGUGGCUGGUCUCGGAAAUGCCGAUUGUCUUGUUCUGGAGGAGCAAAUUGGUGGGACGAGAGGUGGUGAAUGGGUGUCAGAGGCAUCUGCAAAGACCUUGAAGAACCUGGGCAUCCCAGUGAACCAGCCAAAAACGCUCACCAUCAAAAUUGCUGAGAACAGUCCACCAGCUAGUGCCACAAGUGGUAGGUCCACUCCCGCUGGGCCGGCCCCUAUUAAAGGAUUCAAUACUCGAGGCCGCAAGGGCCGAUCACACAGAGUUUUGGGACUGGAGAAUCUUGGAAACACCUGCUACCAGAAUUCAGCCUUGCAAUGUCUGCGAGCCGUGGAGGAAUUGACAUAUUAUUAUCUCAGUGGUGCAUACAAAGGCGAGUUGAAUCUUGGAAACCCUCUCGGCUACAAGGGUGCGAUUGCCAAAGGAUGGGCUACCUUGCUUGAUCAGUUGUACAACUCGGAGGGGGAGAGAUUCGCCAACCCCAAACGGUUCCGUCAUACAAUCGGUCGUUUCUACGAACCUUUUGCUGGCUGGGAACAGCAAGACAGUCAGGAGUUCGUUAUGUUCAUCCUUGAUGCACUCUCAGAGGACACGAACCGUAUUGCGAAGAAGCCAUACACGGAGAUUCCUGACUCUACCGAUGAGAUGGUCCACAACCGCAAGGCUCUAGAAGAAUUUGCGCUGCGAUCAUGGGACAUUUACAAAUCCCGUAAUGACUCGGUCAUCACCGAUCUCUUCGCUGGCAUGUACAAAUCAUCUGUGUGCUGCCCAGAUUGUGAGAAGACGAGCAUUAUCUUUGAUCCUUUCAGCACUCUCACACUCCCAAUUCCCGCUCCUCCGGCCGUCAUUACCAGAAAGGUGACUUUCAUCCCUUUCGAGGGUCACCCUGUUUGCCUGAGCGUUCAGCUGGAAGCAUCUCUCAGCUUGAGGGGCUGGAAGGAAUAUGUUGGCAAAUGGAUGGGUGUCAAUCCAGACCAAAUCGUUGCUGGCGAGGUCCACCACAGCUCGUUCUGGCAGUUAUUCCUCGAAGACGACGUUUCUUUCGGCUCUCUUCGCACGAAGCCUGACGACCAUAUCCUGUUUGCCGACGUUGGCCCUAUUGAUCAAGAAGGCAUUCUCCUUCCUGUCUUCCACCGCAAGAAUAAUUCUCGCAGUGCCAAGAACAAUUUCCGCGAUCUGUUCGGCCUUCCAUCAUUUAUCCACUUAUCUCAGGCGGAGUCUCAUGACUUUGAGGCAAUUUACCGCAAAAUUCUCCGCUCUGUAGCCAUCAUGACUACUCGUGACAUUCUAAAUGGGGACGAGCCCAGCAAGGAUGACCAAGUUACAGAUGACUCGGACACUGUUGUCACCACAGAAGAUGACUCUCAUUCAGCCGACUCUAAGAUCAAAACCUCGUCUGUGGAAGGUGAAGACAGUCUUGUGGACAUUUCCAUGCAAGACGCCCAGACUCCAAAGACCGGCGAUGAUACGGAAGACUCCGCUUCAGACUCCGAAUUUGCAGACUUGCCUGAGCAUCCCUUGGCAGGCAGAAUUUCUCGGGAGCUGCUGAGUCUUUUCGAGGCUAAGAUCCUGGUCACCAAAUCUCCUCUUCCCGAUGGCCGCAGUUUAGGCCAAAUCAGAAACAAAGAAUUGCCGUUGAUUUCCUCUCGUAUCCCAACUGACCAGGUUUCGAAGAAGGGCUCUGAUUCUGCGUCCCAUGUUUCUGCUGAAGACAACAGUGAUGAUUACAGUGAUACCGAUGGGUCGAAUGCGGAGACCACAAAGGAGGACUCGAUUCUUCGCCAAGGCGAUGGCGUCGUCUUGGAUUGGACACAUGAAGGCUUCGAUGCGCUCUUCGGCGGCAAUCAGCGCGAUAAUGAGCCUCAAGGCCAGCCUUCUUACAACAACCUCAAAGUUCUCACGGAUCCUGAGGCCAUCGCCAAGCGCCAACAGCAAGUGAAGGCUAAGGCUGCUGGUGUCACUCUCGAUCAAUGUCUGGAUGAAUUCAGCAAAGAGGAAGUUCUUUCCAAGGGAGAUGCUUGGUACUGCCCUCGUUGCAAGAAACACGUGCAGGCUCACAAGAAGUUCCAGCUUUGGAAGGCCCCUGACAUUCUGGUCAUUCAGCUCAAGCGCUUUACCCAGGCCCGUAGCUUCCGAAGCAAGCUUGAUACUCUGGUCAAAUUUCCCCUUGAGAACCUGGACUUGAACGGUCGAGUGGAGGGUCCCGAGGAUGGCAAGAGUCUGGAGUACGAUCUCUUCGCCAUCGACAACCACCUCGGUGGCCUGGGUGGUGGCCAUUACACUGCUUACAUCAAGGAUUUCUUGAGCGGUGAAUGGAACCAUUGCAACGAUACCCACGUUCGCCCCGUCACACAACUUUCAUCUAUGAUUUCCUCUAAUGCCUAUCUCCUAUUCUACCGUCGUCGUUCCACUCGCCCACUGGGAAACCAGGAACUGCAGAAACUGGUGGAAUCCUACAAGAAUCCUGCGGCUGAUGCUGGCGAUUCUUCUGUCUCCCAGUCACCUUCGGGGGACGGUCUCGGCGCCUCCUCCCGCAAUGGCUCUUCGAGCGCCUUAGCCGCAGCCGGAGCAACUCCCCAACCAGGAAACGGUGGUUUGCGCGCCAACAAUGUGGGGACGGAGGAGAAUGAUGAUGAUGAAUACUCUACAGACGAUGACAGUGAUACUGGCUUCGAAAAUGGCGAAUCCGAAGGUAUGACUCUCACCAACAACGAAGAUGAGUCCGAUCACGAGGACGAGGGACUCCCAUCCCAGGACCCAUUCAGCAUCUUCAAGGAGCCUUCCUGGUCCUUCGAUCAAGUGACCGAAGCUCACGACAUGCCACAGAUGACUCCACUUAAUGUCUCUCAUGACGACGAUGGGCUUUUCAAUGACAACGACAGCACCGUUGCAGUCGGUGACGAAAUGGACGUGGACACUCGCCUCCACGACCCUGAUGAAUCUACUCCCGCUGGUCCCACUCCCAAGACCGGUGCCUCUUUCGAGGAUGUUUCCAACAUGAUGAUGGAAGACGAGUCCUCAGACGAACUCCCAGUUGUGGAGUUGCGUGUGGGCGACGAGGACAAGAUGAUUUCGGAUUAA